GAACCACUUGGGGGGUUUCCUCCCCUCCUCUCCGCCCCCCGCCGCUCCGCUCCUCUCCGCUGCUCUCCCCGGAGUCGAAGCCGCCGCGACGGCGCCCGCCUGCCCCGCGGCCGAGAGGGCCCGGCGGGCAGCCGCGCCGCCUCCGAUUAAGUGUGUAUUCCUUCCUGCUCAAUAGAAGCUUGGAAACAGGAUCUGGGAUGAACCCUGGAGACUUUAGAGCUGCCCCCCUUAUUUUUGUCCUCUUCAGUGGAGAAAUGAAAAGGCCUGUGUGCACUUCACAGGAAAUGAGUGUCUGAUACAGGCUUGCAGGCUGCACAUUUCCAAGAACUGCUCUCAAGGUCCUGGAAUGCUGCCGGCUGUUUACCUCCUGCACCAUGUCUUGGUUUUUGACUUGCUUCUGGCAUGGAGGCUUUGGGGAAGCACAAGGCAUGUCCCAGCAGCUGUUGCUUCUUCAGAUACCAUCUUCCUGAUGGGGAGCUUUGUCUGCCUCUCUCCCACAGUCAGGAUGGAUCUGCUCUUAAGUAAAGCUUUGCAAAAACUGGGAAGUGCCGCAUCGGAGCUCUUGAAUUUGGACCACUUCCAGGCCUGACUUCCAGAAACUCAUCCCUAUGGGUGGUAAAUGUAAAGAGGCUGGAUGCAAAGGAGGAAGCAUGGUAAAGGCAGCAUCUUUCCAGGAUCCAUGGGCUCUUUGAGAGAUGAUCAGAGGGAGGCCAGAUGAUUUGCACAACACGCACACCACUGUUUCUCAUCCGCAAAGGCAGCAUCGAAGCAUUCUUCCCAGCCCUGUGCCGUCCAGCUUGCCCGAUCGUUUCCGGAUGUUUCGCAGCUGCGAGUGGGAGGUCCUGGAGCGGUCCCUCAACAUCCUUCAGGCCAGCGACUUCUACUGGGGCCCAUUGUCCGUGGGGGAGGCUCAUGCCAAGCUCCAGUGUGAGCCCGUCGGCACCUACUUGGUGCGGGACAGCUCGCAGGGGAACUGCUUGUUCAGCCUGAGCGUGCGGAUGCCGACAGGGCCGGUCAGCCUCCGAAUCUCUUUCCAAGAGGGCUAUUUCCGCCUGAAGAACUGGUUUUCAGACUGCGUGGUCCAGCUGCUGGAGCUGGUGGUGGCGGGGACCCGGAACAACCCCUUGCACUUCGAUGAGAUGGGGGGAACCCCCCUGGUCUUCUCCGAGCCCCUGUGCCGGAGCCGCCGGCUAGUGCCCACACUGCGAGAACUGUGCUGUCGGAGCCUGCCUGCUGGCACUGCAGCGGGGGACAGAGCAGGGCUGGGGGGCUCCUCAGGGAUGCGCCCCACAAAGAUUGUCUCACCCGUGGGCAGAAGGGGUGGGUCAGAGGGCAGCGUUGUCCCCAGCCCCUCUCUGUCCUGGGCUGGGAGAUGAUGCCAUGUGUCUGGGAGACAAAGGGAGGUGCUUGUUACAUGGCUGUGCUGGUGGGACACACGCCAUGCUGGUGGGGCUGGACUUGCUGCUGGGAGAGGAAGAGGAGGGCGGGGGGAGCAUGACUUGAACCCUCUCACUGUGACAGCCGUGUCCUUGUACGUGCAUAAUGCAUGUGGCCUUCUCCAGAGAUGCCUGGGGUAAAGCCACAUCUGAAGAGCAGAGAUUUCCCCCCCCAAACAAGUCCUGCUCUUUGCUCCAUUUAUAAUUUACAAGCUUGAGAAGAAGGUGAGUUGCCUGUCCUCCCAGGUCAGCCCUGUGUUUUCCUCUACCCCAAAGUGUCUAAGCUCAUUUCUGCUACAAAUCUGCCCUCGUGAAGUGGGGGUGGGUGAGUCCCGCUCCCACAGCAGUGCAGCUUGGGCAUCGGUGGGCACGACCCCAGUGCUGACUGGACACUCGUACAGCCAUGGUGGAGCGAGGGUGCGUUUCGCUCCCUGCAGCAUGAAUGCAAUGCCUGGCACUUCAGAGGCCAAUGUUUGCACUAGAAGGAAACCAUUGCAGCUAUGUACGAUACGUGCAGCUUCACUGGCUUUUGCAUUGCUUUCUUUGAACAGAUUUUUGGGAGUGCAGAUGAGUUAUGUUAUACUAACUAAGGGCAUGGUAUUCCUGCAGAGGUAACCCUCGACUGGAGAACUGGGUCUGCCCUGGGAGGGUGUGAAGAGAUGGGAUCUAGCACCCUUUCUUAUGCUCAUCUGAUAGUAUGCUGCUGCCACCUAUAGAGCGUAAAAAGAUGUUUUGGUUUUGCCUCAAAAAAGGCAAAGAAUUUUUUAUAUGAGACUUUUUAAAAUGUUAAUAAACAUGGUUUUAUACUUAUUUUUUACAGUCAA